AUGAAGAGUUUUACAGACCAGGACUUGCUAGGACAAGCUCUUGAAGACGCCUUGGAGGUGUUACAACACAAUUCUGAGGGUGACUUUGAUUACGGAACAGAAAGCUAUAAAAACUGCCCGACUUACCAUCAUCAUCCUCUCCAAGCAAAUGCAAGUCACUUAGCAGAAACUUCCACAGAAAAAACAGUUUAUAGCUGGAGAAAUGCAAUCAAUCCUGAAACAGACUUGUAUCCAGAUGGAGCUGUCUACCACAGCCUGCAGCCUAUUCCGAAAAGCCAAGGGGUGUGUAUUACUCCUGUACCGCAAAAAGGCAGCAAAGGCAGGAAAAAACUGCGCCUAUUUGAAUACCUUCACGAAUCUCUGCAGAAUCCAGACAUGGCCAAUUGCAUCCAGUGGAUAGAUCAGCCCAAUGGCAUCUUCCAGUUUGUUUCCAAAAACAAGGAGAAACUGGCAGAACUGUGGGGGGAACGCAAAGGAAACCGGAAGACCAUGACAUACCAGAAAAUGGCCAGAGCUCUGAGGAAUUAUGGAAGGACAGGGGAAAUCAUUAAAAUCCGAAGGAAGCUGACCUAUCAAUUUGGUUCUGUGGUUUUGCAGAGGCUUUCUCCCACUUAUGUUCUGGGGAAAGACAUUGAUCCGUAUGUCCAAGAUGAUCAAGAGUGUUCUUAUCCCAGUGACUGGCUUUCUUAUCAUUAUUACAUGUAUGACAAGGGCCAUGAGCUCCAGCAGCCUAGCAGCAGUACAAAUCCAUUUUGCUAUAGCUCUUAG